UCUGUGCGAGAAUUGAAGGAAAAAUACAGUGCUAACUGACAUCACAGAUGGAGCACUGUAUCGCAGACACAUGGAGGGAAGUGAGUGGAGCGAUAUCACUCUCACAUUUAAUACUGAUGGCGCCAGGGUGUUUAACUGCAACAAAACUUCCUUGUGGCCCAUUCAGUGUGUGAUUAAUGAGUUGCCAGUAGCAAUGCGCUGGAGCAAUGUUUUGCUUGGAGACCUCUGGUUCGGCAAGGGGCACCCAAAAAAGGCGAAGCUCCUGGACGUGUUUGUUAAGGAGGUCCUCGAGAUGAGUACUGUAAAGUGGAGAGUUGAUGAGAGGGAACUUCAAUCAAGUGUCAAGGUGGUUUGCUGCUGCAUGGAUGCACCAGCACGUGCAGCAGUCCUCAAUGCUAAACAAUUCAAUGGCUACUUCGGAUGCAGCUUCUGUCUCCACAAAGGGGCAAGGUGCAAAAGAUCUGUCAGGUACCCUGUUCUGAGCAACAAAGAAGUACCUGUCACAUGUACCACUAACCAAGUGAAAGAGGACAUGCAGUUGGCUCUGUCUACUGGCGAACCAUCUCAUGGUUUAAAGGGCUACACACCACUUGUCCAGCUGCCCAAGUUUGACUUGGUGCGGGGUGUGUACACAGCCCAGACUAUAUGCAUUGUGUUUUGGAGGGUGUGGCAAAACAGCUCGCAGACAUUUGGUUCAGUGCCGUCCAUUCACCAGCAUAUGUAGGAGUGCCAUCAAAACGCCAAAGUGUCAUAUCACGACUAGAUAGUUUGAAACCACCCCAAUUUUUUACUAGAUUGCCGCGAACCCUUGAUGAUCGGAGCACGUGGAAGACCAGUGAGUGGAAAUGGUGGCUGCUGUUUUAUGCUGUGCCAUGCCUUGAUGGUAUUUUGCCAACUGAGUACCAUGACCACUUCUGCCUACUGGUAAAUGGAAUUUUCCUCCUCCUGAAAGACAGAAUAACAAGAAAUGACCUGAAAGUGGCUAUGGACAACUUGGCCCGAUUUGUGUACCAGGUGGAGCAACUGUAUGGACAGGAAUCCAUGACAUUUAAUAUCCACCAGCUGGUGCACCUUCCACAAAGUGUGCAGCAGCUGGGGCCAUUGUGGUCACAUUCCACAUUUGUCUUUGAAUCUGGAAAUGGUUUGCUGCUUAACCUGGUCAGUGAUGCAAAUGGAGUGCCCCUACAAGUCCUGGAGCGCUUCACAAUGAGCCUGCAGCUCCGUCGACUUCUGCAGACAAUGAGUCUGUCGACGGAAGUUCAGGCAUUGUGUGAACAGAUGACUAGUAGCAAUGCAACAGAGAGCCCGCCAGAAAAACCACUUGGUAAGGGAUGUUUUACCUCAGUCGGAAGUCACGAGGCAACUUUGUUUGUCAGUAAGCUCGGGCAGCACCCCAAAAAUGUGGUUGAAUAUGAAAGAAUCUUAGUGAGAGGGCAGAGCUACCACGUGCAGAGCUACCAGCGGACAAAGAGAACAUGCAACUGUUACUUCAAGUCCAUGGAUGGCCUGUAUCAUGUACUUGAUAGAGUGCUCAUGCUGGAAGAUGGCAAGUGUUAUCUGGUGGCACGUUAGUGGUGAUGUGUAGGUAAAUGAAGGGAUAAAUGAAAAUUGCUGUACCCUCAUUUUCCGCCUAUUUGGAACUGUUAAGUGAAAUCUUUAGAAAAUUUCCCCACUGGCCCCAAAGAAAGCAAAAGUGACAGCAAUUUUCUAUUUGUAGAGGGUAGGGGCCAUGUCACAGGUAAUGUGCACCAAAACUUUGAAGUGUAUAGGUUAAUUAUCAGCUUUAAAAAUAAUUACUGAAACUAAUUCUCUCUAAAUUUCACAUCUUACACAGGCAUUUUCUACAUUUUCUGGUCUUGGUGAAUUACACUAGACAUCUCAUUUAUAUUUAAAGAAAAGAUACAGGUUAUGGGUAACGACUAUGCAGUGUUCAAUGUGUGUUGGUUAAUUACGGCCUUUGCAGUAAGUUCUUCAAGUACACCUAAGCAUUGCGUGUUUUACCAAUGUAUAAUUUGCUGUCCUGCUGUCCUGAGAGAACUAUAAUGGCCAUAAAAAUCAAAUUUUUUUGAAAAUGGGGAGAAUUAUGGCUGGAUAUGCAUGCUAACUUAAAUGUAAAGUAAAGAAAGCGCUCGACUCCACUGUUUGCAGGCAAUGUUUUAAAUGUCUAAGUCCUAGGUGGCCAAUAUUUUAAGGUGUGUGGCUUAAUUACAGGCAACUGAAAUCUUUAAUACAACUACUCGAAAGAAUCAGCUUCACUGAAAAUUGGGCCUCAAUUCUGCCAGGUUGCACAAGUCGGCUGUCUUUGUCAGGUAGAACUUCAGUGGAUCAAGUAAAAACAUUUUUAAAAUAAGUAACUAGCAGAAACCUGGAAGGAUUAGAAGAAUGUCCCACUUGUUGUAGUUGUGCAAUGAAAUGAUAUUAGUCAACUUAGGAUGACGUUUAUAAAACACUAGUAUGAAUGGUAGGGAGUGUUAAAUUGCCAAACUUGAGCAUUUCCUCUAUCUGUGAGCACAUUUUUAGCAACAGUAGCAGGCUUGUGAAGUGUGCCUUGCCAUGUUCUGAAUCACUUUGUGAUGCAUGUGUUGACCCUGUCUACUAAAGUAAUGCUGGUUGUGGAAUUCCAGAAACAGGCGCUUCGCUCUCAGAGUUUUGUGCGGCGCAAAACCCUUCACAAAUGAAAUUACCAAGCCCCAGCACUGUGAAAUAGUGCAAGGCUAGUGCAUCAAGGUGCCAACUACAGACUGCUGUGGGAGAAUUGGCUUAAAUUCUUGUGGCGCUGGUGGGCUAUGUUUUGUUUUUGGUCACCUUGUCAUGAUGGCGAAUGAGGUGGCAGCCUGACUACAAUGGCCGUGAAUGUUUAGGCUGUGAAAACUGACAUGACCAGCUAGAUCAUUGCGUGUUCUGUUCACAUCACCACCUCUGUUAUUCUAUAGAGUUCAAAAAUAGUACAAGACUGACUUACUGCGCAGGAUGCUGCCCAAUGAAGGCAGCAUUAAAUACAAGAUUUUCGUCUUUUUCAUCCUUUGUCUUAUGUUUUAUAAAGGUUCAAGGAGACCACUGUUAAUCACAAGUGCCCACAACACUCUUGCUCAUUUAUCUUUUUUUUUCUAUAUGUAUAUAUGCAUUGCAUUUAAAAUAAAUGUUUGUUGGAAACCAGCACUUUGUCCAUGUCUACACUUUCACUGCACCUGUAUUGCUUUGUGCUGGUGCGUACAAAUGCCUAAUUGUUUA